AUGCCAAGAACAACUGCUAAAAGGAGAAGAAAGCCCAAUACUCGAAGUGCAAAAAACGAAGAAGCUGCGGAAAACCAGAACGAAAAAUCAACUCUUAAAACAAAGUUAUCUGAACCAGAGACGCCUAAAAAACGCCAAAGAAAGGCAAAUAAUAAAAAUGAUGCAUCAGAAGAAUCCGCUCGUACAUCACCUGCAUCAGAUAAUGUCACUGAUACAGAUUAUAUACAAGCUAACAAUACACGGCUUACGUCUGAGGAAGCAAUUCAGCAACCAAAAGCAAGAGACGAUAUAAACAAUAAACCAGAAAAUAAUCAAAUUCAACCUCAACUCCAAAAGCAACCAUUGGUCCAUGUAGAUAGUGCCAAUAAUAUACCAUUUGCUAAUCCUAAUCAGCAAAUGUAUUAUUUUUUAGAAUUACCUUAUGCGAAUGAAUGUGGAGUUGGUCCUCCAAUCGAUUCACUUACUGAUUCUCCAAAUGAAUCACUAAAACACAAUCGGUCGUUGCAUUUGAAUCAUACACCGUAUAAGAAUGAUUCAUUAUGCUCUGCAAAGACUUAUUUGAUAGCUAAUCCUCUUUGCGUAUCAUGUUCUGCAAAUCCUCUUUACUUGAAUUUACAAUCUCAACAAACGCAAGUGCUUCAUUCCCCAGAUAAUCAUAGUAAGAAUACUGAUAGUCAAGAAUUGACCUUCCCUAAUCAAGCUGCACUCGUUGAAUGGUUGCGUACAAGACAAGAUUUGCUCUUUCAAGCUCAAGGAUCAUAUGUACUUUCUUUUUUAUGCCGUAUAUUAUUAUUCGAUCCAACUGAUGAUGAUGUUAAAAAAUUCGUUGGGGAUGGUGUUUGGAAACAAAAGCUCAACAGAUUUUUAGAUGCCAGUGAUUAUUGCGAAUUUCAAAAAUCCACUUCUCUCAAGUCACUUAAAACAUUUGUGAUCGAAAGUUUAAAGAUUCAUAUUGCAUAUUUGAUUGCUAUUCGCAAUCAAAAAAAACCUUCUUAUCAUGAAGAAGUCCUGCAUAAGAUUAAAUUGCUCGAUCGACUUACUGCACAUAUGACUAUUCCAGCCGCAAACGGGUAUAAUUAUGCCAAUGAGCUGGAUCUUAAUAUGAAAUCUGAUAAUAACGAUGGCUAA